GCGCAGAGUGUACCGUGGAUGCAUGCACCCACUGCGCACGGAUAAACGUCACGAAGAAUGACAUUUAAAAUUUGCAGUUAAAAAGAUUCCGACGAUAACAACGUGUUUUUCACGAAUCCGUGUGCGUGUUCGUGACAAUUUCGUUUACAUAUGGGGUAUUGAACGAGCUAUAGAGCGCAUCAUGAACGUGGACAACGACUUGGACCAGCAUUUGCUGCAUCAGUUCAGCUGCCUGGGUACUACCGACAAGGACGAUUUGGUGAAGCAGCUACAAAAGCUGCUGGCCGGCAGCCAGCUGAACGAAGCAACUGCUACGUUCUUCCUGGAUAUGAACAACUGGAACCUGCAAGCAGCAAUAUGUAGUUACUUUGACUGCGAGUCUCCAGUUCAAAAUAAAUACCCUUGUAUGAGGCUGGUAUGUGACAGCACUAUUGGCGAAGGAGAAUCAGUACCACCUCUGACUAACUUUAGAAAGUCAUGGCAAAUACAAAACAGUGGUACAGAAGCAUGGCCUGAAGGAGUCUGUCUACAGUAUACAGGAGGAGUACAAAUGGGAGUAUGUACGAGAGUACCAGUUCCAUCUUUAGGUCCGAAAGAAUCGACAGAAGUAAGUGUGGACCUUCAGAGUCCUCCACAUUGUGGUAUAUUUGAAAGUAAAUGGAGGAUGAUGGUAAAAUCUACAGAAACUUUUUUUGGAGAUGAUAUUUGGAUAAUAAUUACGGUGAGUGAAAGUGGCACCUUGGCUAUUACCCAGCAACUGCAUCAAUUAACUACUUCAUCAUCUAAUGAUGUAAAGAUGUGCUAGCCCCUAAUGUCCAGAGACUUUCCUUAAAUUUUUUUUUUUAUUUUUAAUACCUUUGUUUAUUUUAAAUUGAGCAAACGAAAGGUAAAACACAUUUGUUUAAGGAUACUUGCUUUAAAACUUAGUAGAAAUAAUUUUUCACUAGCAGCGCGAAAAACAAUAUUGCCAAUAGAUAUGUAUGUACAUUAUUUAAGGAAGUGUACUGGAUUAUUCAAAUAUUGUAUAGAAGGAAGAUAACUUUGUUAAAUUUGAAAGUUGCUUACAUAAGGCCUUUUAAUCGUCCAUGCUUGUCAGUUACAUCCUUUUAAAACAUUCUUCUUUUACUUGAUUGCUUCUAUGACGCAAACCGUAGGAAAAAUGAUUAUGAUUUAUACUUGUUAGAGCUGUAACAGACAUGUAUGGACCACAUUCGAAACUGGUAC